UAUGUGAGCCACCAUAAGUACUCUAAAGGAAGGACUGAAAUAAUGUAGUUGUGGUAGAAGAUAAUAAUAACAACAGAUAAGAAGAAGGGGGUCCAAGGCAGGGGAUGCGGGCGAGUCGCUCUGAGUUGGAACUGGAGAUUGGCAUAGAUCUCAUCUCUUUGUGGGCUGCAGCAAACCUGGGGAUUUAGAGCCACCACAAAACCAGUGGGAAACAUGAAAACCAACCCGGUCAUCCAAGCUGCCAUUGACCUCACGGCAGGGGCCGCAGGAGGCACUGCCCGUGUGAUUACCGGCCAGCCAUUUGAUACCGCCAAGGUGAAAAUGCAGACGUUCCCUGCCAUGUACCGAGGGUUUGUGGACUGUUUCGUGAAGAUUUACAAGCAAGUGGGGCUUCGAGGCUUCUACGAGGGCACCACCCCGGCUCUGGUCGCCAACAUUGCCGAAAACGCUGUGCUCUUCAUGUGCUACGGCUUUUGCCAAAGCGUUGUCAGGAGCAUCGUUGGGCUGGACAGCAAAGCGACGCUGAGCGACCUUCAAAACGCCGCCGCCGGCUCCUUUGCUUCGGCCUUUGCCACCUUGGUCCUCUGCCCCACCGAACUUGUGAAGUGUCGCCUGCAAGCCAUGCACGAAAUGCAAUUAUCCGGGGAGGUCGUGCACGGACGAAAUACAGUUUGGUCGGUAGUGAAAGGUGUCCUGAAAAAGGACGGUCUCCUUGGAUUCUACCAUGGCUUCUCCAGCACUUUGCUGCGCGAAAUCCCAGGCUAUUUUUUGUUCUUUGGAGGCUAUGAGCUGAGCCGGACGUUUUUUGCAUUUGGAAGGCCAAAAGAGGAAUUAGGCCCUGUGGCGCUGAUGGUCAGCGGUGGUUUUGGUGGCGUGUGCCUCUGGAUUGCUGUCUAUCCCAUUGACUGCAUCAAAACUAGAAUUCAGGUCCUUUCCGUAGCUGGAAAACAGGCAGGCUUCAUGGUAACGUUUGCAAGCGUGCUCCGGAAAGAAGGUAUCUUUGCCUUGUACUCAGGACUGAAAGCUACCAUGAUCCGAGCUUUCCCAGCCAACGGUGCCUUGUUCCUUGCCUAUGAGUAUAGUCGGAAACUGAUGAUGAACCAGUUUGAGGUGUAAUAUUUUUUAUUGUAGACUUACAAUCAUUGGAAACCUUUACAGAUUGUGAGAGCUGCUGCAAGAACAAAGAAAAAAAUCAAGUUUUAAAGAUUCUGGUUUUAUUUUUUAAAGCAUCUGAAGUUUUAAAUAAAUAUGUUGGGUUUUUUUCUAAAACACAAAUCAAAGAAGAAGAAUAUAAUACAUGAACAGAAGGAUUUGCAUUUCCCCCAGGGUCAAUUUAAAAAGCUCCUGCUCCUUAGCAAGUUCAUUAGACUGAAUGAAAUGCCAUUAUUAAAAAUCCUUCCAACUCUUCCCCGACUUUUAUUAAAGUACCUUUGGCUAUAGGUGUGCAAUUCUUUUUCCAAUAAUGGGA